AUGCAACCGCCAGCCCCGCUGCUGGCGGUGCUGGUAGUGGUGCUGCUGGCUGGACCGCGGGGCGGGGCGGGUCGACUGUGGAGCGCCCCGGACUUGGACCUCAUAGGAGGGCAGCUAGUCUGCCGGGGAGGGACUCAGAGGCCUUGUUAUAAAGUCAUUUACUUCCAUGAUGCUUCUCGAAGACUGAACUUUGAGGAAGCCAGAGCAGCCUGCAGGAUGGAUGGGGGCCAGCUAGUCAGCAUCGAGUCUGAAGACGAACAGAGACUGAUACAAAAUUUCAUUGAAAACCUCUUGGCUUCUGAUGGUGAUUUCUGGAUUGGGCUCAGGAGGCGUGAGGAGAAACAAAGCAAUAGCACACCAUGCCAGGACCUCUAUGCUUGGACUGAUGGCAGCACAUCAAAAUUUAGGAACUGGUAUGUGGAUGAGCCGUCCUGUGGCAGCGAGGUCUGUGUGGUCAUGUACCAUCAACCGUCAGCACCUGCUGGCAUCGGGGGCCCCUACGUGUUCCAGUGGAAUGACGACCGAUGCAACAUGAAGAACAAUUUCAUUUGCAAAUACUCCAACGAGAAACCAACAGCUCCUUCUACAAGGCCUGGAGGUGACAGAACAGAGCCAGCAACCCAGCAACCCAUAAUUCCGGAAGAUACGCAGAAAGAAGAUGCCAGAGAAACAUUUAAAGAAAGUAAAGAAGCUGCCUGGAGCCUUGCCUACAUCCUAAUCCCCAGCAUCCCCCUUUUCCUCCUCCUUGUGGUCACCUCAGUUGUAUGCUGGAUUUGGAUCGGUAGAAGGAGAACACGGCAGCAGCCAGGCCCUAACACAAAGGAGCAACACACGAUCUGGCCAUCUCCCCACCAAGGAAACAGCCCGGACCUGGAGGUUUAUAAGGUCAUAAGAAAACAAAGUGAAGCUGACUUAGCUGAGACCCGGCCAGAUCUGAAGAAUAUUUCAUUCCGCGUGUGUUCAGGAGAAGCCGUUCUUGAUAACAUGUCUUGUGACUACGACAACAUGGCUGUGAAUCCAUCUGAAAGUGGGUUUGUGACUCCGGUGAGCACAGAGAGUGGCUUUGUCACCAAUGACAUUUAUGAGUUCUCCCCAGACAUAACAGGAAGGAGCAAGCAGUCUGGAUGGGUGGAAAAUGAAAUAUAUGGUUAUUAG